GAGGGGGGCUUUGUGGAAGAGUCAGCCCUGGAGGGGGGAUGUGGAAGCAGGCAGUCAGCACACCCCUCUGUGCUGUGGCUGCAGCCUGGUGCCAUGUCUGACUACGAGAAUGAUGAUGCGUGCUGGAGCAUUCUGGAAGGGUUCCGGGUGAAGCUCAUCUCUGUCAUUGACCCCUCGCGCAUCACCCCUUACCUGCGGCAGUGCAAGGUCCUUAACCCUGAUGAUGAGGAACAGGUGCUCAGCGACCCCAACCUGGUCAUUCGAAAGCGGAAAGUAGGGGUGCUCCUGGACAUCUUGCAGCGCACUGGCCACAAGGGCUAUGUGGCCUUCCUUGAGAGCCUGGAGUUGUACUACCCGCAGCUCUACAAGAAGGUGACAGGCAAGGAGCCAGCCAGAGUCUUCUCUAUGAUUAUCGAUGCAUCAGGGGAGUCGGGCCUGACGCAGCUGCUCAUGAGUGAGGUGAUGAAGCUGCAAAAGAAGGUGCAGGACCUGUCAGCGCUGCUCAGCUGCAAGGACGACCUAAUAAAGGAGCUGCGGGUCAAGGACAGUCUCCUGCGCAAACACCAAGAGCGUGUGCAGCGACUGCGCGAAGAGUGCGAGACUGGCGGCCGUGAGCUCAAGCGCUGCAAGGAACAGAACUACGACCUGGCUCUGCGCCUGGCACGCCAGAGUGAGGAGAAGGGUGCUGCACUAAUGCGCAACCGAGACCUACAGCUCGAGAUUGACCGGCUCAAGCACAAUCUCAUGAAGGCAGAGAAUGAUUGCACGGUGGAACGCAAGCACACGUUGAAGCUCAGGCACGCCAUGGAGCAGCGGCCCAGCCAGGAGCUGCUGUGGGAGCUACAACAGGAGAAGGCGCUGCUGCAGGCCCGUGUGCAGGAGCUAGAGGCAGAGGUGCAGGAAGGGAAGCCGGACAGGGGCAGCCCGUAUAUGCAGGUGCCCGAGGAAGACUGGCACCAGGCCCUGCGUGCCCAGAAAGAGCAGGCCAGCACCAUCUUCUCCCUGCGCAAGGACCUGCGUGUGGGCGAGGCCCUGCGUGCCCGGUGUCAGGAGGAGAAGGAGAUGCUGGAACUACAGGUCCAGGCCCUGCGCAAAGACUCCCAGAUGUCCCAGGAGCGCAUCGAGGCCAUCCUGCAGCAGAUGGACGAGGUGGCUGGUGAGCGUGACCAGGCGCUGGCGUCGAGGGAGGAGCUGCAUGCACAAUACGCAAGGAGCCUGCAGGACAAAGACGAGUUGCGUAAACGUGCCCGGGAACUGGGCGAGCGUGCAGACGAGCUGCAACUGCAGUUGUUUCAGUGUGAGGCGCGGCUGCUGGCUGCACAGGCUCACGGACGCCUUGGUCAGCGGCAGGACCAGGACCGGCUAGUGCUGAGCUCAGACCUGGAGGACAUCUCACCUCGAAACUCCCAGGAGGUCAGCCAGCUCUUGCUUCCCCAGGACCUGAAGGAUGCCCCACUCUCAGACAAAGGAAAUCAGGACAGACAGGGCCCAGAACAGCCAGUGGCUACCCUGCACAUGGAGUGUCUGUCACUCACCCACCACGAUGCUGGGGCCGAGCCCCCUGAAAAGGAGCGACGUCGUCUCAAGGAGAGCUUUGAAAACUAUCGCAGGAAGCGGGCGCUGAGGAAGAUGCAGCACGCCUCAAGGCAGGGCGAGGCGGACUGGGAGAACACCACUGGCAGCGACAACACCGACACGGAAGGCUCCUAGGGUCGCAGCUCUGCACGACCCUGUCCUGGGUGCCCCGGUCCCAGCCGCCCCCAAUAAACAAGCCAGCGAACCAAUA